AUGACCGCCACCAACGGGUUCAUCAUCGGCGACGGUUCUUGGAACCUGCAGAUCUACGUGUCCGAUCUGCAGGUGGAACGGACGCUGAGGGUUAAGGGUGAUCUGCACAUCGGAGGGGUCAUGCUCAGACUCGUCGAGGAUUUGGAUAUAGCCAUGGACUGGUCGGAUCACGCUCUCUGGUGGCCGAACCGUAACUCGUGGCUCACCAGGACCCGAUCGACUUUGGAUCAGUACGGAGUGCAAGCGGACGCCAAGCUGCAAUUCACCAGGAUGCACAAGACUGCACGCAUCCAGCUGCCCGACCUCCGGUACGUGGACAUGCGCGUGGACUUUUCUAUAAAAACAUUCAACGCCGUCAUACAGAUAUGCAAAGAGCUGAAUAUCAGACACCCGGAAGAAUUGUCCCUGAGCAAGCCCCUGGAACCGUAUCACCUGAAGCACAACAUGAAAGAGAUGCAAUACAACGGCGGUCAAACGCCGUCGGCCGACACCAACUCAUUCGCCGUUCACAGCCACAGCCCGUCCGGAUCCACUGGAAGUCUGGACAUGACGUCGUCUUCGCCGUUCAUAUGCGCCCCACUGAAACACCAUUCUACGCCCAUCAGUUCUCCAGUGUCUCAAAAUGGCACUUGGAAGAAAGGAUACAGCAAACCGGAAAUGAACGGCAACGUAACGUCACUGGAAAUGUUGAACGGGUCCCUGGAUACGUCUUUGGCCAACAGCCCACUCUCGUUGAAUCAAGAGGUGCGCAGCAAAGUUUUGAAACCGAAGUCGCUGGUGGAAAAAGCCAGAAUGAACGUAGCAUGGUUGGACUCGUCACUAUCGAUAAUGGAACAAGGCGUCCGGGAAUACGACUUGUUGAAAUUGCGGUUCAAAUUUUAUUCUUUCUACGAUUUGAAUCCCAGGCUAGAUUCUAUUCGCAUAAACCAAAUAUACGAACAAGCCAAAUGGAGUUUGUUGAGUGGUGAAAUCGAUUGUACAGAAGAGGAAGCUUUAAUGUUUGCUGCGCUACAAGUUCAAAUAAAUCUAAAAGCCAGUGUACCACAACCGCUUUUGGAGACAACGGGUGGAGAUGACGACAUCGAUGCUGCUCUGUCGGAUCUUCAAAUUACUCUUGAAGGGUUUCAGCCACAGAGCAAUGUCAACAAUUUGGCCCAUGCCCCAGAGUUGUCCGAUUACUUGAGAUUUUUGAAGCCCAAGAAAUUUACUCUGAAAGCGUUCAAACGGUAUUGGUUUACAUGCCGAGAUUUGCAUUUGAGGAUGUACAAGACGGCGGAAGACGCCGAAGUAGGCGCACUGCCCGUGCACAGUGUCAGUCUCAAGGGAUGCGAGGUGACACCUGACGUGAACAUUUCACAGAACAAGUUCGGUAUAAAGCUGGAAGUGCCCAGCUCGGAUGGCAUGACCGAGAUGUGUAUUAGAUGCGAAAGCGAGGAGCAGUACGCCAAAUGGAUGGCUGCAUGCAGACUGGCGGCCAAAGGGCGCCCGUUGUCGGAUCACUCUUACGAGUCUGAGGUCAAAUCGAUCAAAGCGUUCCUCGAGAUGCAACAUCCGUCGAUCAUCCAGUCACCCGUCAUUAGCCCGUCCAUGCUGGACAUCUCGGUCGAGGACUAUAUACCGCACAGGUUUUCCAGAAAACUCAAGGGAAAGCUGGUCCAGCGCAUACUCGAAGCGCACGCCAACCUCAAGGAACUGACUUUGAUGGAGGCCAAGAUGAACUACAUCAAAGCGUGGCAGUCGUUGCCCGAGUUCGGCAUCUCGCUGUUCGUCGUCAAGUUCAUGGGCCACAAAAAAGAAGAGCUGCUGGGCAUAGCGUACAACCGUCUGAUGCGCAUGGACAUCGCGACCGGCGAUCACAUAAAAACAUGGAGAUAUAACACAAUGAAGGCGUGGAACAUCAACUGGGAGGUGAAGCACAUGAUGGUGCAGUUCGAAGAGGGCAACAUAAUAUUCGCCUGCCAGUCGGCCGACUGCAAGGUGAUACACGAGUUCAUCGGCGGCUACAUAUUCUUGUCGAUGCGUUCCAAAGAGGUGAACCAGACGCUGAACGAGGAGCUGUUCCACAAAUUGACCGGUGGCUGGUCAUAA